AUGCCCACCCGAGACUAUGAUCUCGAUGUGCCUGGCACCGAACAACUCGUAGAUGGUAAGAGAGCCUCACUCAACCACGACCUUGACACUGCACACCAAGGCAGCUCAGAUAUUGUCCUCAUACCACGCCCAACUGAAUGCGGUUCGGAUCCUCUUACUUGGUCUAGAUGGAAGAAGUGGUAUCAGCUCUUUCUACUGGCCCUUUAUGCGUGUGCAUUUUCUUUCGGAGAGAACACUCUCGGUGCCGCAUGGACGACCGUCUCAGAGGAUACUGGAGUUUCUCUCGUGAAUAUGAAUGGAGGCAGUGCGCUGAACUAUUUACUGCUCGGCCUAUGCAACAUUUGGUGGAGCAGCACGGCGAAUAAGAUUGGUCGACGACCAGUAUUUCUUCUCACUACGCUGAUUUGCUGCAUGGCUGGCGUUUGGCAGGGCCGUGUUCAUGGUACCGCUCAGUGGUUUCUAUCAAACAGUUUGAAUGGAGUCGGCACCAGUGCUUAUCAAGCCGUCAUUCAACUUUCAGUCUUCGAUACCUUCUUUGCCCACGAACGAGGUAUGAUGCUGUCUUUCUACUUGUUCGGCCAGCAACUUGGCAGUAUUCUUGGUUUAAUUACUGGCGGUAUCAUCUCAGAUCAACUCGGCUGGAGAUGGACACAAUAUAUUGUCGCAAUGAUUGACGCUGGUGUAUUGGUUCUGCUGUUUUUCACCUUUGAGGAAACGAUUUUUCCCAGAUUCAUCUUUGAGACGAUACAAGGGGUCCUUCCUGUCACCGAAGGUCGUUCAAGCCCUACCGAGUCUGCCACUGAGGGCAAAGAUGUUGACAAGAAGAAUCUCGGCCGUGUCACUACAGUCCGUUCCAAAGCUCACAACGUCCAACAACGCGACUACCCUCGUCGCACCUACGUACAGAAGCUGAAGCUCUGGGUGUACUUCCCAGAGGACAAGACUACCUACAUGCAAUACUUCCGUCGUCCGUUCGCCCUCUUCUUAUUUCCCAAUGUAGUCAUUUCUGGCUGCAUAUUCGCUUUCGGCUGUACCGCUGGCAUCGUUUCUUUCAAUACUAUCUCCGAGAUAUUAACAGAGCCCCCAUACGAUUGGAGCACAUCAUCUACCGGCCUCGUAUUCCUUGCUGCUCUUGUCGGCAACUUCGUAGGAUGGGGUACUGGCGUCUUGUCUGACCAAAUCGUCCUCCGCCUCGCACGCAGGAAUGGUGGUGUGAAAGAGCCUGAGAUGCGCCUGUGGACUUUGUGCUUCUCGUUCGUCUAUGCCGCGAUUGGUUAUAUGAUGUAUGGUUGGGGAGCUCAGACAGGAGCUCACUGGAUGACAAUCGCAUUUGGCGUUGGUUGCAUGAUUGCUCACCAGGUCUCCGCUUGCUCUAUCGCCACCACCUAUGCUAUGGAGUGCUUCCCUGGCAUAAGUGGUGAGUUGGUCGUGGUUCUUGCCAUCUGUUCAUCCUGCAUCAACUUUGCGAUCAGCUACAGCGUUCAGCCGUUUAUCGAGGCAGCUGGCUACGGAUAUGCCUUUCUCUUCUUUGGUCUUUGCGUACUCUGCUCCAUGCUUGCCGCUAUCCCCAUGGCAAUGUUCGGAAAGUCCUGGAGACGGAGAUGCGCACCCAAGUGGAGAGAGUGGCUAUCCCAGAGAGAAAACUGA